GUCAAACCAGAUGGGCAGGUCUGCUACUAACUUAGAAAAAGAAGGAACAGGUGCACCCUGUCACACAGAAACUGGGAAGCUUUUGCUGUGGAUGGGCUUCAUCUUCAGGGUGCUAAAGUCACCUGUCUCUCCUUAAAGACUUCUUCGCCUCAACCUUUACACACUCAUGGAGUCUACUUUGAGGGCUGCACUGUUUUUGAUGCUUGUCGCUGGAUCAUCAGCUCAGAAUGCUUGCAUGUGUCCAACAAACAAGCGGACGUUUUGUGACAUGGACUCGGGCAGCUGUAUCUGCAAGGCACUGGGUUCAAACCAAAGAGUCGACUGUUCAACAUUGACUUCAAAAUGUCUGCUAAUGAAGGCUGAAAUAAGAACCAUGAAACCCCGUGUUUGGGGGAAGCCAGAGCAUGCUUUCCUGGACAAUGAUGGACUUUAUGACCCAGACUGUGAUGCCAAUGGCACCUUCAAAGCCCGUCAGUGCAAUAAUACCGAGACUUGUUGGUGCGUGAACAGUGCUGGGGUAAGGAGAACGGACAAGGGUGAUAAAAAUAUGAGAUGCAAUGAGCUUGUCAGAACAAACUGGAUUAUAAUUGAACUAAAGCGCAAAGAACAAGAAUCUGCCUUCCUAGAGACUGAAGUGGAAAAUAGUCUGCGACAAUUCAUUCAGAACCGGUAUAUGCUCCGCCAGAAUUUCAUCCCAGAUAUCAAGUAUGAGCAUCCAUUCAUUCAGAUUGACUUGAAACAGAGCAAUACACAGAAGUCUUACGGAGAUGUCGAUAUUGCAGAUGUAGCCUAUUACUUUGAAAAAGACAUCAAGCGUGACUCCCCUUUUCCUUCUAGUAAUGCAUUUAAUCUCUCUGUCAAAGGAGAACCUCUAGAUAUUGAAGAGAUCCUAAUCUACUACAUUGAUGAAAAGCCACCAGAGUUUUCUAUGAAACGUCUGACAGCUGGCAUUAUUGCGGUCGUGGUGGUCAUUGUCUUGGCCUUUAUUACUGGGACUACAGCACUUGUGCUUACCAGGAGACGAAGGACUGGGAAGUAUGAGAAAGUUGAGAUUAAGGAGAUGGGAGAAAUGAAAAGAGGACAAACCUCAUAG